UUAGCCGUAUUAAGUCAUAAUCUUUCGGUGUUGCAAGUAUCUCCCGGAAACUCUCGCAGAAUUCGCAUCUGCCCGCCACUUGAGCACACUUUGCAGUAUUUGAAAUCUGCGUCCUUUAUUGGCGGCCACAGGAGUCGUCGCCACACGCACAAAAUGAUUAUGACGAUGGUGCAGACAGCGAGGUCCUGUCAACAGGAUGCGGAAGUGGAGCGGCGAAAACAACAUAAGCAACGAUGGCGACCUGAUGGGCCACACAUAUCAGCGGCUUACGACCUCAACAGUGAUAAUGACGACGGCCACCGCAGGGUGGUGCAUAAUCAAAACAACGACAGCCCAAACAGCUCGCCAAAUCAGAGCACUUCCGCCUACCGACAGCGGCAACAGCACCACCCACCCACCGGACAACAACAGCAGCCCCGGACGCCCUACGUCGUAACCCACUUCUCCGGCUGGACAACGCUGCCCACCCUGCUCACCGUGCUCUCCGUGCUCUCCGCUUCCGCGCUGACAGCCUCCGCCAAUGUCACCAGCACCAGCACCAUCACCAUCAGUCCGCCCAUCAACGGCAGCAGCACCGAUUACAUCCUGCUGUAUGGCGACCCCACCACAUCCAUCGUUCCCCCACUGACCACCGGACUCGCUGUCUCGGGGGACGGAAGUGGUGCGGUCAUCGAGGACGAGGACGCGGAGGACGCGGAGAAGGCCAGCGAGUACAUCUUUGAUCGCACCGAUGUGCGCAUAAUAUUCAUCACCCUCUACACACUGGUAUUCUGCUGCUGCUUCUUUGGUAACCUCCUUGUUAUUUUGGUGGUCACAUUAUCGCGACGACUUCGCUCAAUAACAAACUUUUUCCUGGCCAACUUGGCGUUCGCCGACUUCUGUGUGGGACUCUUUUGUGUGAUGCAGAAUCUGUCCAUCUACCUGAUAGAGAGCUGGGUCUUCGGCGAGUUCCUCUGCCGCAUGUACCAGUUUGUCCACUCCCUGAGCUACACGGCCUCCAUCUUCAUCCUGGUGGUCAUCUGCAUGGAGCGCUACUUCGCCAUUGUGCAUCCCAUCACCUGCAAACAGAUCCUAACUGCAGCUCGUCUGAGGAUGGUCAUUGUCACAGUUUGGAUUACAUCGGCCGUUUACUCCACGCCCAAGUUUGUUUUCAGCAAGACCAUUAAGAACAUCCACACGCAGGACGGCCAGGAGGAGGAGAUCUGUGUCCUGGACCGCGAGAUGUUCAACUCCAAGCUGCUGGACAUGAUCAACUUUGUGCUCCUCUACGUUAUGCCGCUGCUGGUGAUGACGGUGCUGUACAGCAAAAUCGCCAUCGCCUUGUGGCGCAGUUCGCGCGGCCUCACGCCGCACGUGGUGCAGCAUCAGCAGCAGCAGCAGCAGCCGCAGCAGGCAUCCUGCCAGGACAUUGGCAUGGGUAUGCACAACAGCAUGUACCACCACCACCAGCACCACCAUCACCACCACCACCAGCACCACCAGCUGCCAUCGGCCGCCACCUCGUCAGGAUCUGUUCCCCUGGCAGGAGUGGGGUUGGGUGGAGGUGGUGGGGGAGGUCCUGGUCCUGGUCCUGGUCCGUCACUCGCUUCCGGCGGCAGCAGCACCACGUCCCUGUCCCGCAAGCAGAGCAGUAAAUAUGAGAAGCGCGGCGUCAGCAUCACGGAGAGUCAGGUGUCCCUGGAGGCCGAUCGUCCCAUUGUCAGUGCCUGCCGCAAGACGAGCUUCUACCACCACGGCCACGGCCACGCCCACCACCAGCGGGCGGGCAACGCCUCGGUGGGCGGCGGCGGAGGCGGGGGCGUGGCCGGAGCCACCCACAUGUCCCACUCGUCCAGCAACGUCCUGCGCGCCCGGCGCGGCGUCGUCCGCAUGCUGAUAAUAUUCGUGCUGACAUUCGCCCUCUGCAAUCUGCCGUAUCAUGCUCGCAAAAUGUGGCAGUACUGGUCACGUUCGUAUCGCGGUGAUUCCAAUUUUAAUGCGCUGCUAACACCGCUCACCUUUCUGGUCACGUACUUCAAUUCGGGCGUAAAUCCCCUGCUCUACGCCUUCCUCAGUCGCAAUUUUCGGAAGGGCAUGAAGGAGCUGCUGCUCUGCUCCUGGAAGAAGGGCAAGGGCAAGUCCUCCUCCAACUCCUCGAUGCACCACAAGCGCAAGGCGCUGCAGGUGAGUGACUCUCACCCAGAACCUGACCCACUCGCUGCCCACGGACACCACCCACAUCGGAAACGAGCAGCUAUGAUGGCCACGCGGCUGGAGGAGGCCCCUCAAGCUCUUCGGGCGCCGCUCUUAGGACCCCCAGCCCAUCGAAGGAUGGACCCACUUCCGGUCCGUUAGCUAGAGUACUUCAUUGUGAUCUUGGAUCUUGGAAGCCAGCCUAUCGCUCGGAUCGAGUCGGCGGCCAAGGCGAAACUGGUAACUGGUGUCAAGUUGUAUUGAUAGAGUAAGCCAAUUCUUAAGAGUAAACCCAUUGUGUAAGUUACAUGCAGCUCCUGGAGCAUUGCUCUCAAGUUCUUAGUCUAAGCAUAUGAUUUAGUGCGAGUCAAGCAUCAAUAAAUAAACGAAGCGGCAAUGAUCAUUACUGCUUGCGAACAUAUA